AUGCCCAAACGAAAGGCUCCCUCCAAGCUUUCUGGCCUUGUUGGCUCAGAUGAUGAGGAUGUACUGCAAUUUACUGAAAACGAGAAUGUCCCCUCCAACGAACCUCAGGAGGAGCCUCCUGCGAAGAAACGUCGAGGCCGACCGCGUACAUCGGCGGACGACGUGACUGCGACCAAAGCCUCCGCACCGACAAGAGGGCGUGCAGCCGCUCAAGCAGCACAAGAAGAAGAGGCACCAGCACCCAAAAAAGCGUCUACCCGGCGUGGGCAACCCCGCGCAAGCAAUCGCACAUCAGAGCCCAUGGACGAAGAACCCAACGAACAGGAAAAUGAGGAUCCUUUGGCCUCCAAGGAAGCAGCAACUUCAAAGAACACGAGAACAGGCAGGGCUACAACGACAGUAACCCGUGGACGAGGCAAAGUUCGUGCAAGUAUCGCCAGGCCGGUACAAACAGACGGAGAGUUCGAGUACACACCAACCCGCGCCGUCCCACAACAAAGGAUAUCCGAAGUGAGCGAGACGCAACAGACCGAUGGACCGGCCGAUGAAGUCGUAGACGAGUCCGUCUUCGGCAAUGACCAGCAAUCUGCUCCCUACAUGCCAUCGUCAGUGGUGAAAAAUGCUAGGGCGCGACUAGCCAUAUUGAAGAACAAUCGCGACCUCUCCCCUAGUAAGCGCAAGUCUGGCGUGGCUAUUGAUCAAAGCGGAGAUCCGGAUUUACGACGUAAGAUUGGUGAAAUUACCAAGAAACACGAUGCUUUAGAGUCCAAAUAUCGGAAUCUCCGUGAGAUCGGGGUCGUAGAGGCCAACACGAACAUGGAGAAGCUACGUAAGCAAUGCGAUAGUAUCACCACAGCAUCCAACGAACUUAUUGCUUCGCUCAGGUCAGAGCUGGAAGCGCAACGAACCUUGGGCUCACAGAGUCGCAAUCUGCAGAAGCAAUUGAAGGAGCGAGACGCCGAAAUGGCCAAGCUCAAGACCCAAGCAGACGAGGCGCGCUCUCAGCUCGCCUCCUCACAAUCCGAGAUCAAGGCUCUACAAACGAAACUGGCUGCCGCACGAAACACCGCUGCUAGCCUAGAGGCAAACAAGGUUCCCGGAAGUGCCAUCAAGGGCGGCGCAGCUAACCGGGCAACUGCAGCUGCUACUGCCGAGGCAGCGCAGGUCGCCCAUCUUGCGCAACUGAAGGAGGAUCUCUAUACUGAUUUCACUGGGUUAAUCAUCCGUGAUGUCAAGGACCGCGAGACGGAUCAUCUCUACGACUGUAUCCAGACUGGUGUCAAUGGAACUCUUCACUUUAAAUUGGCAAUUCCCAAGGUGGCCAGCUCUGAGUAUGAGCAGGCUGAAUUCCAGUAUCUGCCCCUGUUGGAUGCCAGCCGUGAUCGGGAGCUUGUCAAUAUCUUGCCAGACUUCUUGACGGUCGAUAUUACAUUCAGACGUGACCAGGCAUCCAAGUUCCAUACACGGGUGAUUGACGCCCUUACUAAGCGGCGGACUAGCACAUCAUAA